AUGUCGGGUGUGAAGCGAAAAAUAAACGGUGAAGCCAGUGGAAGUGCCAAGAAACGUCAGGCUAUAACUUUAGAGGUGAAAAUGGACAUCAUAAAACAGCUUGAGAAAGGUGAGAAAAUGUCUGAUGUGGCACGAAAAUUUAAUAUGAAUCGGUCAACUGUAGGCACAAUUAUUAAGAACAAAGAAAAAAUUGUGGAACAUGUGAAGUCUGCAGUGCCCAUGCAAUCAACCAUCAUAUCGAAAAAGAGAGGGAAAGUGAUUGAGGAGAUGGAAAAACAUCUCGGCGUCUGGUUCGAGGACUGCAUCCAGAAACAGAAACGUCUAUGCCUUAUGAUGAUUCAAGAGAAGGCCCUGAGUCUAUUCAAUGAACUGAAGGCUGAGUAUGGAGGCUACACACCACAACAGAUUUUCAAUGUGGAUGAAACUGGCCUCUACUGGAAAAAGAUGCCUGACCGAACCUACAUCAGUAAGGAGGAAAAGACGAUGCCUGGCUUCAAAGCUGCAAAGGACAGACUGACGCUACUGCUUGGGGGUAAUGCUAGUGGUGAUUUAAAAUUAAAGCCCCUACUGGUGUACACCUCGGAAAACCCACGAGCCCUGAAAAACAUUGCCAAGGCGUCUCUUCCAGUUGUGUGGAAGAGUAACUCUAAAGCUUGGGUCACACAGGCAAUUUAUCAGGAGUGGUUUUAUAAUCAAUUUAUCCCUGAGGUGGAGAAGUAUUGUCGGAGCAACUCCAUUCCAUGGAGUUGCUCCGAGCACCAGGAGAAUUCCAUUCUCCUGGUGCUGGAUAACGCCCCUGGCCACCCACCUUACCUAGAUGACUUUCACCCUAAUGUCAAGGUUGUCUACCUGCCACCCAACACAACCUCCAUUAUACAACCUAUGGACCAGGGAGUCAUUGCAACGUUAAAAAAAUACUAUCUAAGGCGCACUUUCCGCCAGGCACUGAAGGCAACAGACGAGAAUGAUAUGACUCUGAGCGAAUUUUGGAAGUCAUAUAACAUCUACAAUGCCAUAAAAAACAUUAAUACCUCCUGGUGGGAAAUUACAACCACCUGUAUGAAUGCCGUAUGGAAAAAGCUCUGCCCUCAGGUUGUUCAUGAUUUCACUGGGUUUGAAAAUAUUCAGGAGGACCAGGAGGAGGUUGUUGACAAUUUAAUCUCCAUGAGUGAGAAACUGGAGCUAGAGCUGGAGGAGCAGGACUUCACAGAGUUCUUUGAUGACCAUGACAAGGAGCUAUCUAAUGAUGAACUACGAGAAUUGGAGAAGCAGAGGAAGGAGGCAGAAGAGGAAGAAGUGGAAAUGCCACCAAAACAUUUCCAAACUAAAAAGAUGGCAGAAGCUUUUGCAUCCAUAGAGGCAGCCUUGGCAAAUUUUGAAGAACAGGACCCAAAUGAAGAACGACAUGCCAAGGUGUCAGCAGCUGUUCAUGAUGCACUGAAAUGCUACCGCAUCAUAUACGAGGAAAAAAAGAAGGCUGUGAGCCAGUCGUCGCUUCAUCGGUUCUUCAAAUGGGUAGAUAAACGUGAGGCAACAGUACCAUCCACUUCUCAAUCAGUGCCAUCUACCCAUGAGCCAGUGCCAUCUUCAUCCUCUACCCACACGCCUGACGCUGACAGCGAUGCUGACGACCCCUCCACGAUCUCGUCACCCCGUUCCUCGCCCGCCACUUCCCCCAACAAAUCCAAAGAAUACUACACAAAUGUCACAUUUUGCUUCUGUGACUUUGAUGAAAGAUGCAACAGUGCCUCUAUGUCUGUGCAUCGCCUGUGUCUAUCUGUGGCAUGGCACUCCAUAUCUAGUUUAGCAUUGCAGCUGGUGUGA